AAAGUUCCUGAACCGGAAAAAGAAAAAAAGGAUGUGGUUGCUAGGAUACAACGACGUAACCAAAACAGGAAAUGAUCCCGCUUCAUUGAAGCCUGUUUUAGUUAAUGUAAAGUUUCGCUAAAUAGCUUACUUUUACAUGGUAAACACAAAACAAUGGAUUGAUUGUUUACUUUGGUAAGCCUUUUUUUUUUUUACUACAAAAUAUAUUUUUGACAAAUGUGUUGUAUGUUAGGCUAUUUUAUGACUGGAUCAAAUCAAUCGCACUUCUGUUUUUCAGCUGUCAACUUCUGCAGUUUGCUCAAUUUUUAAUUCGGCUAAAGAAACAUACAAUGAAUACGAAAACAAAGGUACCACAGGCCCUGAAAGCUAAAGUGAUGCUAUGGACAGAUGUAAGCUACCAUGACAUGGAGGAGAUCGACAAAAUGCAUUCCAUUCCUGAUCUGGAAAGUGCUUUAUGCAGUGUGUUUAGAGUCGACCUACUUGAACCAAAAAGAGGAGUUCUGCUGGAGUUGUAUGUCCAAGCGGUGCUUUUUUGCAGGGAGUGCAACUUCAUAAAGGAACAAACUUCUGCUCUCUUGUCCAUCAUCAAGUCCAUCCAUGAGGCUAACAUAGAAACUCCACUCAACAACAUAGAACAGUGUUUCAAAUACUGCAAGGAGCUACUUCUCUGUCACUCAGUCAGGCGACCUCCCUUUAGUAUCAACAUCUUCAGCUCUGAAGAUGUGAACUGUAUCUUAAAGUACAUUCAUAACAGCUAUGUGAGACACUACAAACUCUACAAAUAUAUUUUCACCCCACAGGUAAAACUUGAUUUGUCUUUGACUUACUCUGGGAUCUCAGACCAGGAUGAACCUACCAUGGAGGAUUCUUCUGCUCCAGAUUUUGAAAAUGAGAUUAAAAAAGAAACAAGACAAGACAGCAAAGCAUCCAUCGAAGAGCCGAACGGAGCCUCACUCGGUUCAAAAUCAGAACUGAAGGCACUGAUCGAGAAAGAGGUCAGAGAGCAGAUGAUGCUUGUGUCUGGACAAUUAGAUCAGCGAAUGAAAGACAUUGCAGAUCAGCACAACAGUGCACAAGAUUCCCCACAGCCCAACCACAAGGCCAAAAAAUAAUGGAUGAGAAAUGUUGGUUUCCAAUGAGCACUCACAAAAUACGACAAUUCAAGCUCAAACGUUAUAUAGUUUUAUUGUCAAUGAAACCUUUUUUCUUCAUAUACAGUACAUUUAUAUCUGCAUUUGUACAAUUACUGUACAUUUCUCAGGAAUGCACUUUCAGGAAAAGUGCUACAUAUUAAACUAAAGAAUGAACUGAGUAGGAAAUGGUGUUGGUUAGUUUUUAUAGGAAAUACACUCACAAAUAGUCUUCACAGUUAGUUUGAGUGGGUUUCCUAUUGAGUAACGCUUGCAUGCUAACAGCUACAGGAUACUCCAACAAAAACAGUCCAAAUACUGUACUUGAAUGUUUCACAUAUUUUCUGGUACUGUUUUGUAACA